UGACUCUUUAUGGGUGUAGAAUUCAAUUCAAAAACGAUCACUGUUUCUCUUUCUCUCUUUCUUUGUCCACUAUUUUAGAAAAGAAAAAACGACAAUAGUAAAGGAUUUGCAGAGAGGGUGGUACUAGUUAGUUCCAACUUUGCCUCCACCAUUAAUUUUCAUUAGAAACGUCUUUAGGUGUGUGAAUAAUAAUUUACACACUCACGCCAAAAUCAUCAAACACUUUGAAACCUUAUAUAUGUAUAUUUAUUUGUUUAGAUAUUUUGACUUAGAUAUUUUUGGUGGAAGCUAGGAAAAAAAUUAUUUGGGGGUAUAACAAGAAUAUUAUUUGUGGUGAGUCUAUUUAAUUAUACGAUCUUGUUUCUCAAUUAAUUUCUCAAAAAUUCGGAGUUGAUAGAGUUUGUUACACAUUAAAAAAAAAAAAAAAACAGAGUUUAGGUUACAUGUGUUUGUUGAUAUAAAAAAAAAAGUUUAUAACGGUGGCGCAUCAAAGGGAUUCAGGAAAGUUGGUGAGGUUGAAGGAGGAGUAUGAUGGUGGUGACGUGGAAGAAGAAGGUUCGAGAUCACAUGGAUUGAAUCAACGGCAACAUGGGAAGGUGGCAAUGUCUUAUCCUCUGGUUUCGGCACCGACUCAUGAUGGAUUGGGCCAGGCCCAAAAUGAGUGGGUCCAAGUCCAACAAGGUUAUGUCCCUGUCUCUACUUCUUCUAAUUAUUCUCCUCGUUUGUAUUCUUCUACUUCUAUUACUUCUAGUUCUAGUCCUAGUUCUAGUUCAAGUUCUUGGGUAGUUGGACAUAAAAGAGGGCGUGAAGAUGAUUUUCAUAACACUCGUCAAGUUGCUGCUUCUUCUCAUCAUCAAGAUUUUACCUCAAUUCAUACAAACGUUGCUGAUUUUAGAUUACCUUCUUCUCAAGGACCCUCAUCAUCAGAAAAAACAUUGACAGAAGCAAGAAGAAGAGAGUCAAAUGAAGAAGAAAGUGGAGAGAGAAGAAGAAGAUACAGAGGAGUGAGACAGAGACCAUGGGGAAAAUGGGCAGCAGAGAUUAGAGAUCCACACAAAGCAGCAAGAGUAUGGCUUGGUACAUUCGAAACUGCUGAAGCUGCAGCAAGAGCUUACGAUGAAGCUGCUUUGAAAUUCAGAGGUAGCAGAGCAAAACUCAACUUCCCUGAAAAUGUUACUACAACAAUUAGCCCCACUUUUCCGCCGAAUACUUCUUCAACCGUUUCUGUUAAUCCGGCAACUCAUUAUUCACCUGCACCACCACUUCAGAUGCAACAACCACCGUUUACACAGUUUCAAGGUUCUUCUGAUUUGUUGAGAGAUUAUUAUCAAUAUUCUCAGAUUUUGAAAGGUUCUGCUGAUUUUCAAGGACUUGAACAAUGGUUCUAUGAAUCUCAAAUGGCAGCUAUUCAUUCAUCUUCUUCAAUGUUAUCACCAUCGCCACCGUUGCUUUCUUUUUCUUCUUCUUCUUCUUCAUUGCCAACCACUGCAUUUUCACCGGCUACUCAAUUAUCCUCUGCUUCGCUUCCUCUGUUUCCUGGUCAGCAAAUAGAGUUUUUCCGGCCGCCGGAAGAUCACUCUCACGGCGAAGAUGUUGGUGGUGGGUCUGGUUUACCACCUUCAACAUGGUCAGAUACCAGUGGCUAUCCUCCUCCUUCGAGUUGAUAAUGAAAAUAUACAGGCUUUGAAUUAUACACAAUAUUGCAGCUCAAUUAUUCGGAUAAAAUUCAUCGUGUAAUCUGAAUCGUUUGAUUUUGAAUCAACGGACUAGAUCAUUUACGGUAUGAAAUUGCAUGCUGCUGGAACUACAUAACUUCUUUAUUUUUUUUAAAUACUAUUUUUUUAUUUAUUUUAAUAUAUAUUUACAAAGAACAAAUAAAAAACAAGGUCUUUCUUUUCUAUAGGCUUCUGCAUUUUGAAUUCGGUAUGUAGUUUUGGUUAUUUGUUUCUGUUAUUGGGGUUAAAUAAUGAAGGUUGGGUGAUGAUAAAAUGUAGUAGGAUUGAAGGGUAGAAGAACUAAGUUAGGUAACCUGUUUCCUGGUCUAGGUUUGGGACUAGUUAGAAUUAUUAGCUCAAUAAAUAAAUUCGAUCAAAGUUUUGGACUUGGAUCGAAGUUUUUGAAAGUCUUUUUAAUUAAAUGUAUUAGGUUCUAAACUAUUCAAAAGUCUUUAGUUUAGACUUUGAACCUUUUCUUUUGUAUA